GGCCUCGGUAACGCGGGCGGGGCGAAGCGAAGGCAAUCUGUGCCGCCACCGCCGUGGGCUCGGCCUUUCCUCCGCUCCGCCGGUGCCAGGUAACGACCUCAGCGGGUGGCGGCACCCCGCCUCGCGUGCCCGUGGGUUCCCGGCGGCACUCGCCGCCCUUCUGCCGCGAGGCGGAGCUGCCCUGCCCUGUUCUGCCCUGCCCUGCCCUGCUCUGCUCUACCCGCGGGACGGGGCCUUCCGUGGCGGCGGGUGGGCGGCUCCCCUUUCUCUCGCCGGUUUCCCCUUCCACAGAGGACGCGCUGUGGCGCUGGCCGUCCCCGUGCCGUGUUUACCCGCUGAGGGGCGGCCCCGCCGCGGGCUGUGCGCUGCCCGGCGCUGGCGAGGCGCGAGGCGGCCACUGUGAGGCACAGACAGACGUUGGCCUCUUUGGCGCUCACAGCUGUUUGAAUCCGCGCUGCUGAGGCCGGAACGGCGGGGCGAUGUGUGCCGUGGCCGCCCGCGUUCCGCUCCGCCCGGAUCUUGGAGCUUUUUCUUGUCAGAAGUGCUGCAGCAGCUUCACGCGCUGGUUCUGAGGAAUUGCUUAGCGUUGGCUUAGCGGGCAGCUGAGGAGCUGUGGGGCACCGAGUGUGCCUUCUCUGCCCCUCGUGCUCCUGUGUAGUAUGGGGCGUGUUGUUAAAGACAUCAGCCCUGCAUGCAGCUCUGCCUGCCCUUACUACAUAACAACAGUACUUCCACAGUGGCUUUGCUGUGGGGCGCAGGGCUGUGCUGUCAGUGUGGUGCUCAGGUUUGGUCACCCCCGGCAGUGGAGGAGCAGAAGCGCGGUGAGGCACUGAGCUGUUUGGAGGCAGUGCCUGUUUUGGAGCGAGCUCAUGAAGUUUUAUGUCUGAUGGAGGGGAAGAAGUGCUUGGUUGGCCUUGGUGCAUGUCUGCUCUUUGUUGAAAAACACUGCCUGUCACAUGUUAGGGAAAAGGAGAAUCUUGACCAGCAAACUGCAGCCCACUGUUAGAGGUCAGCGCUCUGACAGUUGCUGUUGAAGUCGCUUCAUGAGCGAAGCGAAGGACGCAGGAGCUCGGUACCGCGUGCCGGUCGUUAUCUGCAGCGAGCUGAGCUCGAUAAGCACGGGGACCGCUUUGCACGAGCACGAAAAAGUGUUUUCCCUGCAGCAAGCCGGCCCGCGCGGGAGCUGACGGCAACAGCCCGUGGGGCGGCCGCUGGCUCCGAGCCGCGCUGUGCCGGGCGGCCCUGCGGCGCUGUGGGCCGGCGGCCAUUUUGCGCUGCGCGGGGCGGGCACACGGCGGGCUCCCCGAGCACAGCUCCGCUCCUCGGCAGGCAGCUGUGCGCGCUUCGAAGCCGUGGUUCCUACAGCAGCCUGCUCGUAGCGCACCGCCCGCUCCGCUCAACCCCGGGCGACAGUGCGGAAGUCCCCGCUGUGCGCAGCGCUGCCCGCCGUGUGAGCCGCGCGGCCAUGGCGCUGGGCGGCCUCGGAGUGCUGCCCGUAACUUCCGGUUGGAAACGUCAGUUUGAUGGCCGCGUUGUUCUGUUCUGCGCUGAAAUGACGCCGGGUGUGUGUGAAUAAAGUCCUGCUAUAGCACGGAGCUCUUUGCCCUUCAGCCUGUUGGAACUUGUAGUGAUUUGGAGUAUGAUUUGAAACUGUCACCAUGGACUUUUCACGUCUACAUACGUAUACUCCUCCCCAAUGUGUGCCAGAGAACACUGGCUAUACAUAUGCACUCAGUUCAAGUUAUUCAUCAGAUGCUUUGGAUUUUGAGAUUGAGCACAAAAUAGAUCCAGUGUUUGAUUCACCAAGAAUGUCUCGGCGUAGUUUACGGUUAGCUGCUGCAGGAUUUAAUAAACCAGAUAGUGCCCGAAAUGAUCUCCUUCAUGACAGCUCUUACGCCGGGAAUGUGACUUUCAGGGAUCAGUCUUCUAAGAUGGUGAAGCAGCGCAAAAGCAUAAACAAACAGUCUGGCAGUGUGAGAGACGUGCCAAGGAAAAAUCUGUCCAGCUCUCCCAUUUUUAACCAAAGCAGUUUCCUUAGCCGUGCCAGCGAUACAUCAAUGGUAUCCACUGUGUUGGAUGAAUCUUCGAUUCGAGAGCAGACAGAAGUUGAUCAUUUCUGGGGUCUUGAUGAUGAUGGUGACCCUAAAGGUAGUGAUGCCACGCUCUUGCAGAGAAAUGGCGAUAUAGCAACAGCGGAAACACAGACUACGAUGAUAAAUGGGUACACGUGCAGUGACUGCAGCAUGCUUUCUGAACGGAAGGAGGUUCUUACAGCAUACUCUGCUUCUUCUGUGCCAUCUUCCAGAAUUUACUCUAGGGACAGGAGCCAGAAACACGCAUCUAGAGGCACCUAUUUCUACAUGAGUAAGAUUCUGCGAUUGGUCAGACAUACUGCAGCAUCUUUUGCAUCACUAUUAGUGCAACUAUUUCAAAUGGUUUUGCUGAAGCAGAGUUAUGAAUCUAAAGCUCACUCAGAUUACUGUGGAAGCAUGAAUAUAAAGGAGUUUUACAGAGAGGAUAGCCAUCUUGAUGUAAAUGAGGAAUCAAUAUGUGAUGACUGUAAGGGGAAGAAACAACUUGAAAUACACACCACAGAGCACAUGCAAUCCUCCAGGGCUAAAAGGGUAGCAAGGACCAUUUCGCACAUCUUUUCUUAUGCAGGUUACUUUGUGCUGCACAUGUUGCGAACAGUGGGAGCAGCUGGAUGGCUUGUGUCCCAGAAGGUGUUGUCUCUACUUUGGCUGGCCAUUCUUUCCCCAGGGAGAGCAGCUUCUGGUAUCUUCAGGUUGCUUAGAGCUGGCUGGAAUCAACUUCUUACUCUGCUGUCUUUGCUGAAGGUGUUUAUUCUUAGAAAAUGCCUUCCAAAGAUUUCCAGGCUAUUGCUGUUUCUCAUCCCACUGCUGUUUCUACUAGGUUUAUGGUUCUGGGGGUUUGACACCUUCAUUGCGCUGUUGCCUCUGUUGAACCGGACAAGAAUUGAUAAAGUCCAGAGCGUAGAUGACUCUACUUAUGUUCCUGACCCACAGCCUGAUUCUUCUCGUUUUGUACAGCCUCCAAAGGAUACCAUAAAUAUAUUUGAUUCUGCUCGUAUAAGUGAGCUGGAAAAGCAGAUGGCCUUCGUGUCUGACAGAUGCCAUCAUCACGAUGAAGAAUAUAGCAAAGUGCUGCUUCUACUCCAUAAUCUUCAAGAUCAGGUUGCCCAGAUGGGUAACAGAAAUGAAAUAUUGAAGCUAAUAAAAAAUGUGAUGGAUCAACAUCUUAAAGAUAAGAGACUGGAGGAAAAGACUGACUUCCUGGCUCUACAUCAAGAGCACAACUUGCGCAUCAUAACGUUGGAAGAUCUUCUUAGAAAACUCUCUGCUGAAUCUAAGGACAUUCAGAAGGAACUUGAAAUAGCCAAAGCAAAAACAAUAAGAGAUGGUGAUGAACAUAAUCAGCUUUUAUCCAGAGUUAAAAAGCUAGAACUAGAGUUGUCUCAAGUGAAAUCAGAACUAUUAACUGGAGAAAGUGUGAAGACAAGUUGUGAGAAAAUAGAUGUCAUUCAUGAAAAAGUAGAUGCCCAGGUUAAAGAAUCUGUCAAGAUGAUGCUUUUUGGUGAUCAACACAAGGACUUUCCUGAAUCGCUUCUCCAGUGGCUUACAUCCAAUUUUGUGACCAGAAGCGAUCUGCAAACUUUGCUGCAGGAUCUGGAGUUGCAAAUCCUCAAGAAUAUUACUGUACAGAUGGCUGUAACAAACCAAAGAAUAACAUCUGAAGUAGUAACAAAUGCUGUGAAUAACGCAGGGAUUUCUGGAAUCACAGAAGCACAAGCACAGAUCAUUGUAAACAAUGCGUUGAAGCUGUACUCUCAAGACAAGACUGGUAUGGUGGAUUUUGCCUUAGAAUCUGGAGGUGGCAGCAUUUUGAGUACUCGCUGUUCUGAAACCUAUGAGACAAAAACAGCACUAAUUAGCCUCUUUGGAAUUCCUCUGUGGUACUUCUCUCAGUCUCCCAGAGUGGUUAUUCAGCCGGAUAUGUACCCAGGAAACUGCUGGGCUUUCAAGGGAUCAGAGGGAUAUCUUGUAGUUAGACUUUCCAUGAAGAUCUAUCCGACUGCCUUCUCAUUGGAACACAUACCAAAAACACUUUCACCAUCAGGAAAUAUCACCAGUGCUCCUAGGAAGUUUUCAGUAUAUGGCUUAGAUGAUGAAUAUCAAGAGGAAGGCACAUUUCUGGGACAGUAUGUCUAUGACCAAGAAGGGGAGCCGCUGCAGAUGUUUACAGUGGAGAAAAGUGAAAACGUAUUCCAAAUAGUGGAAUUGAGAAUUCUUUCUAAUUGGGGACAUGCAGAAUAUACCUGUCUUUAUCGAUUCAGAGUGCAUGGGAAACCUGCUGAAUAAUCCCCUACACUACAGCUUGGGUUGCUUUGUUGUACAUUUUGUUUCCAAUUUGUAUAUACCGGACAGCUUAGAACACUGGAAUCUUUAAAGGACGAGGAUGCAAGAUAUAUUCUACAGAGUUACCAAUCCUCUGAUAAAGGCAGAAGACUGUCAGCAGAACUGUAUAAAAUAAAACUCAUUUGCUCUAAUGCUCAGCUUGUAAUUGCCAGUUAGCUUUAUAUUUUUGUGUCCAUGCUGAGAGAAGUAAUGCAUGCAAAUGACUCUGGUUCGUAAAGCCCAGUUAGCAAUCAGGUGAUACCUAUUUUAUUACAAAUGAAUGUAUAUGUGUUUUUUUGUUUGUUUUUUUAAAGAAUAAACCACACUUUCUGCAACUAGGAUUUUUUUCUUUUAAUUCAGGACUCAACAACAGCAUAUUUCUGUUAGCUUAGCACUGCAAGCCAAAUAAUGUCAUGGAGUUUAAACAGCCUGUGGCUACAGGUGUCCUUCAGUUGACUUUGUUUUGACCUGCUGGGGGAUCCUAAAGGGCUUCUUCAAUAAAUGUUGACUAUAAUAAAUAUUGCUGUCAGGGAAAGUUAACACAACCAAAACUAAUUUAAACACCAGCGACUGAGAAUGCUUUACUGUAACUUGUGGCCAUGAGUUGCUUUAAAAUUCAGGGAUAACUUCAAGUUAUUUUAAGGGUUCUUACCAUGGCAACUUGAUGAGCUUGUUUCAUUGCUGUAUGUGAAUGUUUACUAAGCAGUUUAAUAGUUUAUCAGCUCUUCUCACUUAGUACAUCAAGGCUGAUUUGGAACUUACCCUAGAGAAGAAAUACCUUAAUUCCUCACAGAUUCUCUCCUUGAGACAGUAAUUCUUCAUGGUGGUUCAUUUUAUAGUCAGUAAAUGUUGUACUGCAGUAAUGCAGCAAUGGGCAAAUGGGGCUGUGAAGUCUCAUCAGCACGAAGCAAUGAGAUGUACGGUAUGUGGGCACUCAUCAGCUCAGCCCCAAAGCUUUGUCACACAGCACGUGCUGAGGCUGCUCUGGGGCCCCCCUUUGGGAUCACUGCUUUUAAAGAUCCUUUUCAGAAAAGACUCCUAACAUGCACUUUGUGUGCAGAGCUUUUAUCUUGCUGUUCGAUGCAUUUUAUUACCUGUGAGCUGUUAACACACGGAGCUGCUGACUGGUUUUCUGAAUAGAGUUCUGUAUGUUGCACAACAGUCCUCCGAUGUUUCCGCACAGUCUCUGCAUGGAGAACUCUGCCCUGGAGCCGGGGCCUGUGCAGAGGAGCUGCACUGUAUGUACAGGUGUUUUCAUAUGUGACAUAUUUGAACUAGGAAUUAUCCUGUGUAAAUUGGAGCUGGGUAGUGGGGGGUUGGGAGUAUUUUGAAUAACACUAACUUAUUUUUUAAAAGAGCGAGAUAGGACUUUGUGCAAUGUAUUUUUGUAAAUGCUUUUCAAAUGGUCUGUUCUUCUUUGCUGCCUCCCAACUGACAAGAUGCUAUUGAGAUGUUUAAAUAAAGAGUUUUAAUUUUUUGGAAGUGCAUGUAAUAUUUGAAACAAAAUAAAGGUUUGGGUUUGUUUUCGUUUUUCUGUA